CAUUGCUUGUGAAAUCGCUAAUGCUGAGUGGAAAUAUAAUUCGUUUGUAAAGCGCUGUCAAUUAUAUCCAGACAAAAGAAACAUGGCGUUCCAAAUGCCACCGACGACCACAAGCGUGGCAAGCUUUUCAUUUGGUUUGAGUCCCGCGCCAACAACAGCGGCAAGUGCUGCUGCAACGGCCACUAAGCCUUCGUUUGCAUUUGGCGCCCCGGUAGUUGCCCCUAACCUCGUUCUUGCAGGCGGUGGCGAUGCGGACAGCACUAAGUCAGUGCCGCCCUCUCAAUUUGGAUUUGCAGCGACACCCGCACCCACGGCAGCUGUCGUAGCUCCAACUCCAAAAACGUCAGCUGUUGGAACUGCCCCUGCUUUCAGCGGCUUUGGUUCUUUGACACAGCCUACAGCAGUGGCUCCUGCGACUUCAGCGGCUGUUGUGUCUACUGCUCCAGGAACGCUGACUCUCGGUGCACCCACACCCACUUUGGGAAUGUCGGCACCCCCUAAGAGCGUAGCAGCAGCACCAGCUGCUCAACAAGCAACUGCCGUUGCCGUGGCACCUCUUCCAACAACCUCAGCAGCUCCAGCUGGUAGCACCGGCAGUGCAUUUGCCAAUUUGACAACGGCCACUAAAACUACAGACUCUGCAGCAGUGGUAAAUGCUUCACAAAUGUCGUACCACCAGCUUGAGGAGCACAUCAACAAAUGGACUCUAGAGUUUGAGGAGCUGGAGAAAGUCUUUACCGAGCAGGCCACACAGACCAAUGCAUGGGAUAAGUUGCUAAUAAGCAACAAUCACAAAAUAAUCGAGUUAAACGAUGCCGUACAGAAAGUGAAGAAUGACCAACAGAUGCUGGAUCAGGAGCUAGAAUUUAUAGCAACGCAGCAUAAAGAGCUUGAGGAGAGCCUGGCGCCGUUGGAGAAGGAGUUUGCCAAUUUGCCACGCGUUGACAUGGAACGCAGUCAGACAUACAUGAUGGUCGAAGAUUUAGACACGCAACUUAAACAGAUGUCCGAAGACUUGAAAGAGAUUAUUGAUAAUCUAAACGAGGCCAACAAAGAACAGGAUAUUACAGACCCCAUCGUACAGAUUGGAAAAAUUCUCAGCGCCCACAUGAGCUCCUUGCAAUGGAUCGAGUCGCAAUCAAGCAACAUCUGUAAGAAGCUGGAUGAAAUUGGCAAAAUCCACGAAACGCAGAAGCGUGAUACCUUCAGACCAGCGUUCUAAGUUAAUGUUGAUAUUAUAUGCUUCAAAUUAAAAUUGUUUGUAUUUGUUUAUUCAACUUGUAA